UACUUGAGCAUUCCUUGUUUUCAGUUUUCCUCAUAUUACAACUAAUAGAAUUCAUUUCCUUGGUUCUCAGAAAAAAAGUAAACACAAAGUUUAUCUCGAUUGAUUACAAUUGCGGAUUAUCAUGAAAAUGUUCACCUCAAUUUGUUUCUGUUUAAUGUUACAAAAUUUAUUGUCUAAUAAUGUUUUCACGGAACUUGCUUCCGAUAAUGUUAAACGUGUCCAAUGGAAUGAGUUGAGAGCGUCAAAUAAAUCAGUGAAAACUUUCAUUGAUCAUGUUAAUGGAAAUGUUGGUUUCAGUGAAUUAAUGUUAUCAUCUUUAUCCAAUAACCAUUCAUCAACACAUUUGUUAAUAAACAAGGAAAAUGAGAUUAACUUGAAAGGCCAAAGUUUUUCAUUGAAAGGCAAUUCAACCAAAAAGGAUGUAAAAUAUUCCAAUCAGGAUUAUGAAAAUCAUGAAAGUACUAAACAUAAUCAUCAUCAUCAUCAUUACCAUUAUCGUGAUUUAGAUAAUUUGUUUGUGAAAAAACAGCGACACAAAAAGUUGAAUGUAAGAUCAAUCAAUCAUCAAAAGCACCAUAAAAGACGAAGGGUAACCACGAAAGAAUCAUCGUUUCAUCAAUUUUUUCGUGUUGUACCUGUAGACAUGACAGUUACAGAAGGCGAUGAUGUUGAACUUGAAUGUACAGUUGGCAAUCAAAAAGGCUCCGUUCAAUGGAGUAAAGAUGGUUUCCUUUUAGGUUUUGAUCCUGAAAUUCCAGGAUUUCCAAGAUAUUCUAUGAAAGUUCACCAAUCAUCAGGAGUAUUCAAUUUAAAAUUAACUAACGUCCAAUUAGAAGAUGAAGGAGAUUAUCAAUGUCAGGUUGGUCCAGCAUUCAAUAAUAAACCAAUCCGAUCAGGCUCAAAAUUAACUGUGAUGGUUGGACCCAAAGACAUUACAAUAUUUUCUUCAGCGCCAAUCUUGAAAGGCUCUUCCAGAAUACAAACUCAUCAUCAUGAUUCGUCCAUAUCAUCUUUGCCUUCAACUUCUUCCAAUUCAACUUCACCCGCUAAAAGUCAACUGAUCGAGGCUCAAUACAACUUUAAAAUGGACCUCAAUUAUUACAACAAUUAUCCAAAUUCCGUAUCUUCCAGUGACACACGUAAAUAUCAUUACACCAUUUAUGCCAAAGAAGCUCAAAGGGUAACCUUAACCUGUAACACAAGUUCACUCACCAAGCCUGAAACCAAAUUAGCCUGGUUUAGAAACAACGUUCAACUUAAAAAAGAAAAUUUUGAUACCUUCAUUAUGGAUGGUCUCGGUUUGAAUGGUAAAUUAACUUCGACUCGAUCCAUCUUGUCACUGUUUGUUAAACUCGACGAUAAUGGUGUCCAGUAUACAUGUAAAGCAACCCAUCCUGCUCUUGGUCGACCCUUGGUCAACACUUUAUCCAUCAGUGUUUUAGUGCCUCCUGGAACACCACAAAUUGAAGGAUACACCAAUGGUGAUCAAAUAAGUGCCUUUGAUACUUUAACUUUAGCCUGUAUUUCUCGAGGUGGUAAUCCUUCACCUAAACUAUUCUGGUUAAAAGAUAAUGUUACGGUUGAUACAAGUUUUUCAUCUUCCGCUGAUGGUAAAGAUUCAACUAAUACUUAUUCCUUUGUGGUUAAACCAAGUGACAAUAAUGCCUUGAUAACUUGCGAGGCUACUAAUUUAGUGUCAAGUAAACCAUUAACGACAACAAUCAAGUUAUCUGUUUUGUAUGCUCCAACAAAAAUUGUGAUCUCUGGUCCAGUUGAAGGUAAACUUGGUGAUAAAUUGAAUUUAGAAUGCUCAAUUGGACCUUCAAAUCCUGUUACUGAUGUUAGUUGGACUAUUGAUGGUUUACCUGUUAAAGGAUUAGAACAAAGAAUUGAAACAGUCAAGGAAGGAUAUAAAACAUUGUCAAAUAUAACAAUUGUAUUAUCACCAAGUGCAACUAAUUAUAAAAAAGUUACCUGCUUUGGUAAUUCAAAGAUGAUUAAGGAAACCAUCUUUAAAACCAUCCAAAUUCAGAUUAUAUAUCCUCCUGGUCAUCCAACUAUUGUAGGGAUUAAAAAUGGAACUAAUUUACUUGAAGAUGAAACGUCCAGGUUGGAGUGUCUUUCAACCGGAGGUAAUCCUUUGGCAACCCUUAAAUGGUAUAAAGGUCUUGGAUCUGACCGGGAAAUUAAUGGCCUUUCAACAGUUUCUAGUAGCGGUGUUACAAGCCAAUUGAUAAUCCGAGCCAAACCUUCAGAUAAUGGAGCCAUUUACCGAUGUGAAGCCUCAAACAGAGCAACUUCUGAGCCUUUGGUGACUUCAGUCUCCUUAAACGUUAUUUUUAUGGCUUCUUCUAUCAAAAUAAAUUCCAGUCCAAAGCAUCCUGCUCAUGGGAAUGAUGUUAAACUACAUUGUGAGACUGGCUCGUGUAAUCCACCUUGUAGUGUUUCAUGGUUUUACAAUGGCAUGUUGAUGAAACACUCAUCUGACGAGAUAACUGAGGGACAGUAUAGUGGUAAAAAUACUAGAAGCUCAUUGACAAUGUCAGUAACGGAUAAACAUGAUCAAUCAAUAGUUAUUUGCAAGAGUCAAAACAAACUAAUGGAACGUUCAGUUGAGAAAAAUUAUCAUCUUCGAGUUUUACAUAAACCUAAAUUUUCGGCUCCGUUAUUUCAAAAGUUUGAUGUAAUUGAAGAAAGCUCGUUUAUUAUCAAUAUGACUGCCUCUGGUUUCCCAGUUCCUCUUCAUUAUGUUUGGCUCAAAAACGGAAUGACUUUGAUUGAAGAGCUUCCACAUAGAUUAAAUAAAAAAUAUGAAUCCAAUGCAAGUCGAGAAGCAAAUUACCCGAAUGACCUGCGACCAGAUCAAUUUAGUGAAAGAAUCUUGGUUGAUGGACCAUUUCUCAAAAUAUCUAGAGUUGAAAGGUAUGAUGGGGGUGAAUAUGAAUGCGAAGUUAGCAAUAGUGAAGGAACCACAAAAGCAACUGUUGUUCUUAAUGUUUUGUUUGGUGCCACAAUAGUAAAAACUUCUGAAAAUGUUCUCACAGAACUGAGUGGCUCUUCAUCAAUGACAUGUGAAGCAAUUGGUAAUCCAAUGAACGAGAUGACUAUUGAAUGGUUAAAAGGUCCACCUCCGGGUCAGUCAUUUCCAUUGACCGAUUCAAGGAUAACUGUUGACAGAGAAAAGGGUCGAUCGAUCCUUCGCUUCUCUGAUGUCCACUCUUCCGAUGAAGGUUUUUACACCUGUAAAGCUUCCAAUGGUAUUAAAGCUCCUUCGAUGGCCAAACUAAAGUUAUCCCUCAAAUAUAAGCCAAUCAUUGUCAAUCGUUCUCCAAUAGUAGUGAUAGAUGAAGGAGCUGACACUGUCUUGACCUGUUCAGCGCGAGGUAUUCCUGAGGUUCACUUCAAAUGGGUUGACUCAGUUAAUAAAGAUAUUGGUUAUACUCGAGAAACGCGUUACAGUCCAGAUGCUGUCUAUCGUUUCAUGGUAUCUAGAAGUCGAAGUGAAACUGAUCCAGAAUUGUAUGAAUCCAAGCUUUUGAUUAAGAAAAUUCGCGCUGAAGAGUUUGGAUCUCGCCUUAAGUGUAUUGCCCUUAAUGAACGAGGCUCGGAAUUUACUGAAAUCUCUUUGAGGCCUAAAAGUCCUCCCGAUCCUGUUACCAAUAUUACUAUUGUUCGUGUUGAUCAUAGAUCUGUUAGUUUAUCUUGGUUACCUGGCUUCAAUGGAGGCCUGCCUCAAUUUUUCAAAGCUAAAGUUUGGCCAAUACAUGGAACUGAAUCUAGUCAAUCUUCUUCAGGAGCCUCUUCUUCCCCUUCUUCAUCAACGUCCAAUGCCAAUCGUAGUAUUCAAGUAAAAUCUCGCCUAACUGAAGAAACAAAUGAAACUAUGUUAACCAUCGGUGGAUUACUUUCACGCCAAGAAUAUGGAGUCACAAUAAUAUCGCGCAAUGCUCUUGGCUCAUCGAUUGAGUCGAGCUCAUCAACUUUACCAUCAAAUUUUGUCUCCUUCACUACUUUAUCUCCAGAUGCUUCCAACAAUGGUUCACCUCUAAUUGAUAACUCAGAUCUUUCUUCUUCCGAAAGUACCUCAUCUUUUGACCAAGCAAAAUUAACAUUAAUCAUGGUGGUUAUCACCAUGGGUAUUUUAAUUGCUUUAAUUAACUGUGCCUUAAUUUUGUUUUGUAUGAAACACAAAAGUUGGAAAUGGUUAGCCAGUAAUGCUAUUCCUGAUAAAAAUGUGUCUUCUAAUGGACUUCAAUCAGGUUCUUUAAUAGUUGAUGGACCUGCAAGCCUUAAUAAACCAACAAGCCUUGAUAAUCAUAAUGCUGUCAAUAAUUGUGUACAUAUUAAUGGAAUCCUCAAGAAGCCACCUGAAGAUCGCCAUUUUAACCAUAUUGAAUCUUUAGAACCUGAGAUAAUACCAAUGGGAAUGACCUCUCAUGCUCAAUUAUUAGAUAACGGAACGGUUAUCGUUAAAAAUGUUAUUAAUCAUAGUUGUUCACAGACACAAUUUCACUCAGGUGAUUGUGCUCCUUUAUGUGAUUGUAAUUAUAAGGCAAAUGAUAUUCCUUACUAAUUUAAUUUCUUAAUUGUUAACGACAAAGUCAUUUUUUCGAAUCUUAGUGUCAUUCUCCUCCAUUCUGGGUUCACAGUACUUCUGACCAAUCAUUUAUGUUUUUUGGAAAACAACUGACGAUAAACAGUGUUAUAGAUGUACAGAUAUUUAAAUUGUUUUCACCCUUUCUCUUCAAUUAACUUCUGUUAUAGACUGAAAAAGUAAUGCUGUUGGUAAUCAUCUUUAUUCUUAUAUUGUCAUUUAUUGUAUACAUAAUGUAAAAGAUAAUGUACUUAUAAAUUGUACCUACGA